CAGAAGUAGGAGCCUGGCAAAGCAAUCCCGCCACUCUCACUCUCUCACUCUCUCUCACUCUCACUCCAUUCAUCCCGCAGGAGACCAACACGUCGACAUGGCGCCCAUCGGCAUCCACAGCGUCCUCAUCAGCGAGAGCGUGGACCCUCGCUGCCGGAACAUCUUGGAAGAAAAUGGCAUCCGAGUAACGGAGAAGCAGAACAUGAAGAAGGAGGACUUGAUGGCGGAGAUCAAGGACUACGAUGGCCUGGUGGUGCGAUCCGCUACCAAGGUGACGGCCGACGUCAUCAACGCAGCCGCCAAUCUUAAAAUCAUCGGGAGAGCCGGCACGGGGGUGGACAACGUGGACGUGGAGGCCGCCACCAAAAUGGGGGUAAUAGUCAUGAACACGCCCAGCGGCAACACCAUCAGUGCAGCCGAGCUCACCUGCACUCUCCUGAUGAGCAUGUCAAGAAAUGUGCCCCAAGCCACAAUGUCGAUGAGAGCUGGCAAGUGGGAUCGCAAAAAGUUUAUGGGCACGGAGAUUUGUGGCAAAGUGCUGGGGAUCGUGGGACUGGGAAGAAUCGGGAAGGAAGUGGCCCACAGAAUGCAGUCGUUUGGCAUGAAGACUAUCGGCUACGAUCCAAUUACUCCAGCCGAGGUGUCGGCCAGCUGGGGGGUCCAGCAGAUGUCCUUGGAGCAGCUUUGGCCCCUGUGUGACUACAUCACUGUCCACACUCCACUCAUGCCCUCCACUGUGGGUCUACUGAAUGAUGAAACCUUUGCUAAGUGCAAGAGAGGAGUGAAAGUAGUCAACUGUGCACGUGGCGGCAUCAUCGACGAAGACGCCCUCCUCCGAGCGUUGGAGUCGGGACAGUGUGGAGGCGCCGGCCUCGACGUCUUUGUGGAGGAGCCACCUCAGAACCGCCUGGUCAACCAUCCCAAUGUCAUCAGCUGUCCACACCUGGGCGCCAGCACCAAGGAAGCCCAGGCGCGCUGUGGCCAGGACAUCGCUCUGCAGAUCGUGGACAUGGUGAAGGGCAACAAGCUGGUUGGCGCCGUAAAUGCACAGGUUUUGGCGAGCACCUUUUCCUCCGACUCUUCUCCAUUGAUCAAACUUGGAGAGGCCAUGGGAUCUGUCCUGCAGUCCUGCAGUGCCUCCAAGACACCGCUGAGCCAAGUUCAAAUCACUUCUCAAGGUGACAACAUGAAGUCCUGCUCUGGUUACAUGACGGCUGCUGUUCUGGUGGGACUUUUAAACGGAGGGUCUGCCUUCUGUCCCAACCUCAUCAACGUCCUGAGCCUGGCCAAAGAAUCUGGAAUCACGGUCAAGCAAAGCCACGAGGUGUCGGAGGAAGCUUCACAGAGCGCGUGUGCUGUGGAGGUCCUGAGCGAUGGCUGCAGCUACAAAGCCACCGGUGCCGUUCGAGGGGGUGUGCCGGUGCUGCUGGAGCUGAGUGGGAGUGUCUUCAGACAGCCGGUGGCCCUCACUGGGAACCUCAUCUUCUUCAAGGCCUCGGCUAGUCCUCAGCUUCUCCCUUCAGUGGCCGGGCUUCUGGCUGCAGAGGGAGUGCAGGUUGAGUCUUUCAGUGCCCCUGUGGACCCCUGUGGAGAUAUGUGGUUCUGUGUGGGCGUGUCCUCCCUGCUGCCGGACCUCCAGGCCUUGAAGUCUUUGGUUCAGGAAGCAGCUCAGCUCCGUGCUUGAUGGCUUUACAAUCUUGGAUUCCUGUGUCUUACUGGUCCAUCUUUGCCUUAGCAAGUACAACUAAGAGUUAUUUUCAACCUACAUUCCAUUGUUAGGAAGAUUUUUCAUGGUUUGUCACUAAAACGGAUGAAAAAGG